CUCCGGGGAAGAAGUGAAAUCUGUCCUGGGGAAUUCCACUGCAGCAGUUUCACUUUUACUUUUGGUAACACCUGAUUCUGAAUCAGCCAAUAGAAAAACAGAAACAUGCAACUAUAUGUGUUUGCCUCCUGUCUCUCAACAAAAGGUAAGGACUUUAACCUGUGACGCUCCACAGCAGACUUGUUCUCAGUUGUCUGGUCUCUGGUUGGAGGAUCAGAAGGACACAGAGACCUACAUCAUGGCCAUCGCGGACCAGCUGCUGGAGUUGAUGUUCUCCUGGAUCGAUCAGAGGGAGUGCUGUGCAGAGCAGCUGAGGAAACUGGCCAAAGAGCUGGAGUCAUGCAGAAAGAAUUGUAAUAUCAGUGAAUGUGUUGGAACCACAGUGUCAGUGGCUGGAUCUGCAUGUAUGAUCGCAGCCGGUGUGGCCACUUUGUUCACCGGCGGUGCAGCUGCUCCACUUUUAGGUAUGGCAGGAGCAGUGUGUACAGGUGCAGGUGCCACUGUAUCUGUGGGUACUAAAAUCAUUGAGGGCUUCAAAUCCAGUGACACCAUUAAAGAGGCGCAAGAGAUAGAAAAGAAGAGCAACGAGGUUGCAGAAGAAAUACAGAAGCUGUUUGAACAACUGAAGGUGGAGAGUUUCUCCACAGACCCAAAUAAACAGGACCGACACGUCAUGACUGAAAUUCUGAAAGCCAUAGCCAGGCGAAGUGGACUGAAGGGGAGGAUUCGGAUCCGCAGGCUUGAUAAAGAGCUACAGAUUCUUUUCGACAAAGAACAGUCAAACGAGAGGCUCAACCAGAGCUUCUUGAACCCUGAAGUAAUGGUUUCACUUGGUGGAAUUUUAGCAUUUUUUGCACUUCAGCUUUGUGGAAAAACAUUGAAACGUUUCUUGGCUAAAGGAGCUGAGCAACUGAUCAAACAUACAUGCAAAGGUAGUGCUCUAGGAACUGACCAGUUCAUCAAAACUGGUGCCAAAGGAGCUAAAAAUAUCAUCAAACAAAUGUCUUCAAAAGCGCUAAAAGGAGGUGUCAUGGUUGUAGGAGGAGCUGUUGGUCUGGCGUUUGAACUUCCUGAGGCGAUUGACAACUGGACAGACCUGAUCAAGAAGAAUCAUGUGACUGAAGCGAGCCAAUCACUGAGAGAUACAGCUGACGCCAUUCUAGAGAUCACCGGGAUGCUGGGGGAACAGUUCAACAUAAUCAAGCAAAUCUUUGACGAGAUGGUGAAACGUCACGAGGAAAAGGCUUCCAGACGGAAAAGACUGAUGUGCUGCUUGUGCUGCUGGUUGUAGGAGGAGCUGUUGGACUGGCGUUUGAACUUCCUGAGGCGAUUGACAACUGGAAAGACCAGAUCAAGAAUAAUCAUGUGACUGAAGCGAGCCAAUCACUGAGAGAUACAGCUAAGGCCAUUGAAAAGAUCUGCCAGACACUGAGGGAACAGUUCGACAACAUGAAAAAGAUAUUAGAAGAGGAGAAGGCUAAAAGACGACGGGAAGAAGAGGAGAAGGCUAAAAGACAACGAGAAGAAGAGGAGAAAGCUAAAAGACAACGAGAAGAAGAGGAGAAAGCUAAAAGACAACGAGAAGAAGAGGAGAAAGCUAAAAGACAAUGGGAAGAAGGUGAUCAAACUGUGCAGACCAGAAGUGGGCAAGAGAGAGAAAGUCAUCAAAAUGAAGAGACCGGAAGUGGUCAGCAGGGAGGGGGUGGUCAGGGAGAUAAGGAGAGUGGUGGUGAAGAUGAGGCGAAUGAUCAGGAGGAUGAGGAGACUGAGGAAGAGACAGAGGAAGAUGAAAGCAAGCACUGGUAGAAAAAGGACAAAGCGCCAUCGAAAGAAGGGCACUCGAAGUAAACAAAGAGGAGACAGUGAGGAAGUGGUCAGACAGUGUAAGGAUAGUUGGAUAGACCAAGAGCAGAGAACUAUCCAGACACCUCCUGGAACAAUGGGGUGAGUGGGGUUACUUAAUGUUCGCUCAAUGAAUAAGAAACGAUCCCCUGGUAAAAAAAACAGGAUCUUAAAGCUCAUACCAAAAAACAACCUGGACAUCUUUCUUACAACAGAGACGUGGUUACGAGAAGACAAUGCAGACAGAGUCCUCAGGGAGGCUUCACCACAGAAUUACAAUUAUCAUUAUCAGGUGAGGGUUGGUCAAAGGGGAGGAGGGGUAGCAAUUCAGUUCUCACAGGAGCUGCAGGGUGAAAACAUUCCUUUUGACUCCUUAACAACCUUAGAAUGUGUUGUCACAGUUCUGCAUCAUGAUGAGUGGAACCAGCCGGUCCCUGUCAUCAAUGUGUAUCACCCACCGGGGUACAACAGGGACUAGUUAUUAUUGUUGUAUGUAAACCACCUGGUCUGGAUUUUACAGAAGCUGUUGGAUGUAAAAAAAAAAAAACUUUUAAAGUUUGAGUAUAUGUUGAUAUGAAUUUGCUACACAUUCGUACAUCAGUUAGAUUCUCCACAGUUCAAUCUUUCACUUCAGUUUACAGGAACCAUCAAAUCUGUGAUCGGUGAUUGAUAAUGUUGUUCAAUACAAGUUUCAGUUACUAAUAUAGUAUUCUUACUGGUUUAAAUAAACAGUAUUUCCAUUUUUGCUGAGCAAAAGGAAUUAAAGGCCUGUCCCAUAUAGAGGAAGGUUGAGUUCAAUUCAAUUCAAUUCAAUUUUAUUUGUAUAGCGCCAAUUCAUAACAGAAGUUAUCUCAGGACACUUUUCAAAUAGAGCAGGUCUAGACCGAACUCUUUAACAUUAAUUACAGAGACCCAACAGUACCACCAUGAGCAAGCACUUGGCGACAAGGGCAAGGAAAAACUGCCUGUUAAAAGGCAGAAACCUAGGACAGAUCCUCCGGCUCUAGGUGGGUGGUCGUCUGCCUCGACCAGUUGGGGUGAGAGAGAGAGAGAGAGAGAGAGAGAGAGAGAG